CGUUGGUAUUGACGUUGGUAUUGGCGUUAGUAUAGUAGUGGCAUUACCACUGGGCAUGCAUUUCCGGAAACGGGACAUCGGAUUCGAUUUGAUUCAAUUCAAUUCAUCUUUUUUCUUUUGUUUGUUUCUCUAGUGAACGAAUGCAGAUGAACCUUUGUUCACCUCGACGUGGACGUGGACCUCGACGUGGACUUGGAAUUGGACCUGGAAUUGGACCUGGAAUUGGACCUGGAAUUGGACCUGGAAUUGGACCUGCAUGUAAAAUUACAAAUGAAGACGUAGACUUAAACUUAGACUAUAGACUGAGCAAGAGAUGCACUACUACUACCACCACCACUAUCAACGCCAUCCGUUCACAGUAUUUUAAUAUAGUAUCUGAAUAUGGUAUCUCAUUAUAGUAUUUCAGAAAUAAAAAUAAAAAAGAAAAGAGAGAGAGGGGGGGGGGGGGGGGGAGUGAGAG